CGAUCACUGAAAAUGUCUGGCGUCUUUCCAAUGUUCCAUGUACACCAAUCGGACCAACAUCUUGACUUUCAAUGAUUGAUAGCCUUCUAGAGUCGCUAGGACUGUUUGUUUCAAUGCCGUAGUGUUUGAAGCACGCGGAUAAACGAUUUUGCGAGCCAAAAUCUACAUCACUUCAGACUGGCUGAUGCAACGCGGCAACAUGGUAUCGAACGACUACUGGGACAAAGACGAGUUGGAUGAUCGUCUUUAUUACGCCCGUCAACGCGAAAAGCAGGGCCUUUAUCGUACCCCAGCAAGCAGUGGGUUCACGUGGCGGCUACGUCGAACGAGAGUGCUACCUGUACUCUUCGGCAUCGUCGUCUUGCUCUUGUGGCAAGUUGGCCCAGCACGGUACUCCUCGCAUCCGAAUUGGUCCCGCCAUGCGUACAGUCAGUACACAACUGACACGCAAAGCCUUUGUAACUCACUCAUGGUUUUCGAAAGCUUGCACAAGCUGGGAAGCAAAGCGGACAGAGUGCUGCUGUACCCUAAAGAGUGGCUUGAGACGACAGGAGAUAUCAAUUGGUGGAUGCUUCACAAGGCCGAAAGGGAUUAUCGAGUCAAGUUGAUACCUGUUGACCUUCUAGGAGCAGAUUUAAAUGCAGAUAAGCCAGGCACUUUCGAUGACCCAUCAAGCGAUUGGGAUCUUAGUAUCACGAAGCUCCAAGUCUUCGAGCUGGUGCAGUACGAUCGAGUCCUGCAUCUCGACAGCGAUAUCACGCUAUUACAGCACUUGGAUGAACUGUUCUCUCUUCCUAAGGCGCCGAUAGCCAUGCCACGAGCAUAUUGGUCUGAUGGACCUCCGUCUCUCUGGCCAUUUACGUCGCUUGUUAUGCUGGUCGAACCGGACUCCGGGGAAAUGCCUGCGAUGAUGGAAAUACUUCGUCAAUGGCAGCAGAAACCCGAUUAUUCGAGGUCGAAGAAGUACGACAUGGAUCUUCUCAACCAUCGCUUUGCUCUCUCCACUACGGUCUUGCCGCAUCGCCCGUACGCUAUGCUGACAGCUGAAUUCCGGUCGAAAGACCACCGAGCGUACAUGAAUCAAGGGAUCGACAUGAGCCAUGACGAAAGCGAGAUUUGGGAUCCUGACAAAGCUUUGAAGGAGGCGAAACUGGUCCACUUCAGUGACUGGCCAUUGCCGAAGCCGUGGAUCAUGUGGCCGAACGAAGGGCUGGUAGAAAUGCAGCCGCAAUGUGAUGAUGAUUUCAAAGGCAGAUGCAGGGAGCGCGAAAUAUGGAAGGAGCUCUACGAAGACUUCAGGCGCAGGAGAAGCAAGCUGUGCAAGAUCUCUCCGGUGCCAGCGCCAAACUGGCAAGAGUGGAAGAACAAGACCGGAGCAGGCUAGUCGCAUCCAUAUGGAGGUUUCCGACGCGUCUUCAUCAAGUAAGAUCGUCGGCAAGUGGCUCCGACCUAUUCCCAGAGAAUUUUGUCAGGAAAUGGUCAAAAUUACUAGCAGCCAUCACCAUUCCAGCUCAAUUCAGAGUAGAUGGUCUACAUGAGGGCUCUGCACUCGUCGUAUCGAUUCUUGACGGCAAAUUUUUCUUAUCAACAAAGCUGGCAACAACCCAAUCGUUUUUCUCAAAGCGGCUCAAAAAUUGUAACAAAGAAAAACAAACGUCAGCAGUCUCUUUGUAGACACACGGGAACUCUAAUAAGAAGGGCCCUGACCUUCGCGGACGGCCAUACCGGCGUUUGACCUGAUUUGAGUAAAAGUGCGUUCCCCCAAUCCCGUGGCCAGGGACAACACUCGCUCGAUAACGGCGACGGAUGGCGCCCAUGAGGUUCCAGUGGCUCUCUGAUUUGUUUGGUAUGGCACAAAAGGUCUCGUACGAGAAGUGAAGGUGAUUUGGAUGCUGACGGUGGUUAAAAGCGUUGUCGUGUCCGCAUCCCGAAGAAAGCCUUGUAUUUCUUCCUCUUUGUUGGGAACAAAGCUAUUUCUCUUGUACCAUUUUCUGUUCUUGGAGGUGGGCAACAUAUUUAAAUUUGGGAGACAGUGGCGUUGAAGGGUGGAACGGGUGGCCGAACUGUUUUCGGACAGAUGUACUGAGAUUUUCUUAGGCGCCACGAGGAACCAAGAGCAUAAUAAAGCGCGUCUAGAACGUAAGUAAUGUUGUUACAAAUUAUGUGAUCUAAAUCACGUGAACUCACAUGAAU